AUUUACGUAAACAUUGUCCUUGUCUGUCAAGCAGGCCUGGGAAUGUUACGUGCGACCUAGACAAGAUCAACUAAUCAUUCUAUUAAAUAUCGAUUAUUUUACUACUUAGUGGUAAAAUAUGUCGGUUAAACAUGCUAUUAGCCGGGGCAUGGAACUGGGGCGGUCGGCCUUCCAGCUAGGGAUUCUGAAACCAGCUGGCCGACUUGCAGCGAAGUUCCGAGGUGAGCGUUUACGGGUCAGCCAACCGUCCCGUAGCGUUCAGCCUCAGACCUUUUUGCCUGCUCGCUACCGAUAUUAUCGAAUGUCUCUGAGUGGUUUGGCAGCGCAGCUACAGUCUGGUGGUUUCAGAAGAUUAAUUGGAGGCUCACCCAGAAACAGGGUUGUGUUCUUAGCUUUCGGUGUUGGUCUGGGAUUGAUCGAACAGCAGUUAGAGGAUGACAGGAAGAGUGACGCAGCAUGUCAACAAAUUCAGGCACUGUUCCAGAAGAAGAAGUUUGAGAGGCCACUGAAGUCUUUUGUGUCUGGGUAUAAACUGGAGGACUAUGUUAUCGGAAAGCAAAUUGGCAAAGGGUGUAAUGCUGCUGUGUAUGAGGCAGCAGCACCAUUCGCUGUCCCCAGAGAGAGUGAGAAGUGCUCCUUGGUGGAACUGAAGUCCAACUCCAAUGAAGACUCUGCACCUCCUCGGGUCCCCUGCCCAACUAGUUACCCCCUUGCUGUGAAAAUGAUGUGGAAUAUGGGGGCUGGCUCCUCCAGUGAGGCGAUCCUGAACUCCAUGUCUCAGGAGCUGGUCCCUGCAACUCCCCAUGCUCUCGAGCAGCAGGAAGGAGAGCUCAGUCUCAAUGGGCAUUUCGGGUGGGUGCCUAAGACUGUUCCCGCGCAUCCCAACGUGAUCCGAGUGUACAGAGCGUUCACUGCAGAUGUGCCCCUGCUGCCAGGCGCUGCGGAGGAGUACCCAGAUGUGCUGCCCACCCGGCUGAACCCCAUGGGCAUGGGCAACAACCGCACUCUAUUCCUGGUCAUGAAAAAUUACCCAUGCACUCUGCGCCAGUACCUACAGGUCUGCACCCCAAGCAGAAAGGAUGGCACCCUCAUGGCCUUGCAGCUGCUGGAGGGAGUGGAUCACCUGUGUAUACAGGGCAUUGCCCACAGAGAUAUGAAAUCAGACAACAUUCUCUUGGAGUUUGAUUCAGGUGGCUGCCCUCGUCUUGUGAUAACAGACUUUGGCUGCUGCUUGGCAGAUAAGAACUGUGGUCUACAUCUGCCUUAUAACAGCCGCUGGGUGAGCAGAGGUGGCAACGCAUGUCUGAUGGCACCAGAGGUGGCCACUGCCAUUCCUGGGCCAGGUGUCUUCAUUGACUACAGCAAAGCAGAUGCGUGGGCGGUUGGUACCAUUUGCUACGAAAUCUUCGGCCAGCAGAACCCAUUCUAUUGUCCACAUGGCCUGGAAGGACGCAGCUAUCAAGAGAUGCAGCUUCCUGCACUACCUGCUAACACACCAGCAGACGUACAGCUGGUGGUUCGCCUGCUUCUGCGCAGGAACCCCAAAAAGCGUCUGAGUGCCCGGGUGGCAGCCAACAUGCUUCACCUCAGCCUGUGGGGCGGACGUGCCCUGGCCACCCUGGACAGAGCCAGCCUAAGUAAGCUGGGCGACUGGCUGCUGUGCCAAUCCGCCUUUGUCCUGCUGAAGGGCAGAGGCCCGAGCGGGAGCUCCGUGGAGGCCGACCUACAGAAGUGCUUCCUAUCCAACAUCGACUUGGAGGACCUGCGCACUGCCAUAGGCUUCCUCAUGUAUGGACGGGAGCUCCACUCUGCCAUCACUCUGUGAUUAGGACCCAUUCAAGCUGGAGAGUUACCCUCAGUUUAGUAGAAGUAAGCACACAUACCGCAUAGGCUUUUACCGAAGUACGUUUGUCAUCUAUCAUCAAACACACAAAAUGUGUUAUUUUCAGCCUAACUGCUUUUUUUAGACAGCACUUUAUAAACACCUUGCACUUUUCCCCUGUGCCAAACUGUAGUAAGGUUUGUGCAUGUCCCCUUGUCCACAGACCACUACAUGAUUACAGUUAAAACUACCGAAAGAACUCUUCAAAAUUAUAAUACAGUAUGAAAUGAAUUUAGUGGUAAUUGCAGUGAUUCGUGUUUAUGUUUUCAGUACUAUCACAGUUUACUUUAGUUUGAUUGAUUUGUGUAAAAAGUACCAUCGAGUUUAUUUGGAUACUCUGGUGAAUACUCAUUAGCAUUUCUUCCUUACAAGGUUUCCCUGAUAACUCCUUGGGUGUCAUUGAUGAGCAUACAUGGUCAUGUAAAUCUUUACAAAAUAAAGAUGUUUUGUGUUCUGUU